AUGGAUAUUGUAGAGUUCUACGUAUCUUGUAACCCUCCGUUACUCCCUAAAGGAGUGGCGCUGAUAUUUGCGAGCGUUGAGGAAAACAGUGACCUUGGAAUCAUUGAAAUCCUCUACGAACCUGAGAUCCCUUGGUUUAAGCUCAUUGCCCCAAGGGCUUCUCAGCGCGAAAUCUCGGAAUGGAUGCACUCUCAACUAGAGGAGCUGAUGGAAUCAGAAGCUGACGCUAUUAUACGAGACGAAGACGAAGAUGAGUUCAGUACAUCUGCCAUUCAGCCUGAUAUUGAGGUCCUAGUUGAGGACCCACACAUUAUUGCCUUUCCUUCUCUCCAAACAAUCCUGAAAGACACCCUCAGUCAAUAUGAUGUGUUCCGAUAUCCCGCCAUCAUCAAGACCUUAUCUUACAAAACAGUUUGGCGAGUUCCAGAAUCAUCUGGGGUCACUAUUCUGCAGAUUCUCUCGAAUUACGAGUCCUUGGGAUCUGUGUCGCCUUUGGGCCCAAGCAUCGACAGCCUUCAAGCGCUCACGAAAUGUGUUAUUACAUAUAAUUUUCAGGGUUCCUUAUUAUACAUCGGCAGCAGUGAAAGCGAACAAGCACUGGGUGUUGCAAAACAAAAGCUUGACACUCUUGCGAACUUCAUGGAUGCCCCCUUGGCCCCUACCACUCAUAUGGUGUUUACUGAAGCUUCGAGCUCGGCUACACUCUGCUACCGAUACAUGACACAUACGGGACUAUCCGGAUUGACUUAUGUUGAUUCCGCCGACAUCGAUCGGAGCGAGGACCUGGAGUACGCCUCGAUCGUUAGUGCGGUGUCCUUGAGAAUGGAAUCUCUUAAUCGGUACCAGCAGCCUGUGCCCGAUCGCGUCAAGUACCCGAUUCCGGAGUCCGGUAAAUUGACAGGUUGGCAUCCAGAAUUCCACCCGUUCUCUGGAUACUCAUAUGUAAACAAACGCUCGGGUACCAUCCCUAUUAUCGAGAAGAAAAGGCAGAAGAAAAGGCCCCAACAGAAGAUCCAUCAUCAAGAAUCGGGCAGUGCCGGCAAGCUCACAACCAGCACUGAGGGUCACCGCAAUCUUAAACAUACCGGCACAGACUUACCACAAGUUCGAAAGUGCUUAGAAGAUCUCAGGUACCAAGCUCGAAAUAACAAGAAAAUCACUAAUUGGCUCUGCAGCAUCGAGUCCAGCGGAGAUGGUGACCAUCUGAAGCCACCCUCAUUUCUGAUAGGGGACAAUGGAAAGCAGGACGAGGGAACAGCAACAAGCUUACCAUGCGACUUACUCCCAGAGUUACCACGAGGUAUUGAAGAGCCAAGGGAACUUGGGUUUGUCAACACUAAAGACGUCCCUCUUAUGGAGGCCAGUAUCAAAGAUCAGAUGCCAGGAUCAGAUUAUCAGGCUUCUUUGAGCCAACUUCCAUUGGGCUUGGAUAUGCCAGAAAACAGUCUCGAGCCCCUCAACUUCGUGAAUCCUUCCGGUCCGAAUGCUACAAAGGAUUUGAUGGACAUUAAUGAUGGCCCCAUCACAACUCCUGCGCUCAUGGAUAAUAUCUCUUUGCACGAUCGCGGACCCAAACUUCAGCCAAUAUCAGAGGAUCAUGUUGUUAAUUCUGAGGUUACAUUCGGCAAGAGAAACCCUCAAGAGAAAAGACUGUUCGAUACCAUGAGACAGAAAGCUGCUUCUGGCCUAAGCUGGGCCAACGUAGCCUCAAAGAAGAAAGACGAGAAGCGAGACGACAAACCCAAUUUCGGGUUGAAUGUGCCUGUCACAUUUGUCCCUGACAAUCGUUCUGCAACUCAGAGUUCUGCAAUGCCAACAUCCGAGGUUAUUGCCAAGCUCAACCAUAUCCCGGCCGAGCAGAAAGAAGAGCACGGCAAGGACAAGUCAACUUCAGUUGAGAAACCCAUGCCUGACACAGUUACACCGGCCUUACGAAUUGUUCCAGGAAUGGGCACGCCAUCAGCGGAUGAGGGGGAGUUUAGCGAGUUUCUGUCACAGGCUGAGAACAAGCUCCGUAAAUUGGUUGAAGUUUUACAAAUAGUCCCCGGAAGAGUGAGCAUCCAAGCUCAAUUUGGGCGGCUGUGCAGAAAAGAUAUAUUUCCCGGUUUGGUCUAUGACGGUCAAGCUCCAUCGUGGGCUGUUCAUACAACUGUUGAGGCUCUAAACACUGACAAUCCGCGUAUGGGAUUUUAUCCUAUCCUCACAACAAGCGGGGCAGAAGCAAGCUUGAUCCCUCAAAUGUUUGGUGGCAGAUCUCCAUGGUUACUGACGGGGAAACGAGUUUACUACGAAUUCCACUGCUUCGCCGGGAAGACGCCUGAGGUUAUCGUGGAAGUUGAUGCCGAUACCUUCAAGCAUCAAUACUUCCCCCCUACGACUGAAGUCUCAGAGGCUUUCGUGCAUUGCACUCGACGUGCAUGGGAUGUCAAAUUUUCUGUCUCCCGCAUGUAUAUGGAGGGAAUGGCCGCCGAUGUGGAAGCGUUUGCUACAUCAUUGGUGCGCUCCAUGAGUAUCGAAACAAAUGAGAUGGGCGAGCUCGUGAUCAGUACCGAGCCGAAGAGCACCUCAGAUUUGAGCGUCGACAGGGUCAGAAUAUGUCACGAAGCCCUAUAUCGAAAUGGAGGGAAGGGGCCAAGCUGUCUGAAGGUCACAAUGAUACGACCGGUUGAGAAACUUCCCGGUGUCCCUAAAGGAACUUAUCGGGGACAGUCAGUUCCAGUGACCCCACCUGGAAAUGGCCGGCCUGGCCAGUGGUUCGAAGCAAGUAUUUCAUCUAUACGAGCAGAAGAGAUAUUCCAAGAGAACAUGGGUCUAGAAUUUGGCGAUAAGACACAUUGGACGCCUGAAAUCCUACACCACCAAGGCGUUUUCGGAGCCAUCUCUGAACCAGCACUGCGAAUGGUCAGAAAGAUGGACCAUGUCGGUGAUUCGAACUCGAACGGACAAGGCCCUCGCUCUGAUCAACAGUCGUAUAGUACUGCUCAGGAUUCAAAGGCCCGGCAGAAAGGGAAAUACUUUUGGUAA